CUUCAGGACCUUUGCUUCCCGCCACCACCAGCGUCGAGCAGAUCCAACGCCUGGCCGUUUGCUGCUGCUUCCUGCGCUGCUCGACCGUCCUCGAAGGGCAACAAGUCCGCCCCAGCGCUCAAGCAGUCACCUCUCGCUCCCAAGUUCCGUUUUACGGCGUCCUCUCCUUAAUCACACUCUUUAACAGAGAUCUUUCUUUUCUCGCUUCACGCCAUGGAUUCCACUCUUAUUGCCCACGACGAGACGACGGAGAGACUCAGGUUCGAGUCGUUCAAGAUGGGUGGUGCCAUACCGCCCUCGGCCCACCGCCGCCUGAGCUCUGGUCACCGUCGCUCACACUCAAGAAAUUCAUCAGUAUCUUUGUCAAUGUCUAUGCCAUCUAUUGCAACGAGACCCCAACCCCCCGCGCCCACACCAGCCCCAGCGAAUCCCCCUUCCCACGACAAGCGCAACUCCCAUCACAGGCGGCGCUCGUCCGUCUCUACUCGGCGCGAGUCGGCGGAGAUGAUGGGCGUGUCUAUCCCUGACCUUCCGACCUCCGUAUCCGAGGACAACAUCAACUUUGGCGAGAAGGACUCCAUCCGGCGCCGUGCCCUCAUGGCGCUCGAGGGCAAGGCGGACAUGUCGUUUUCGAAGGUUGAGAUACCGGAACUUUCGCACGAUAUGCCGUCCUUCGAGUUCGCAACGAAGCCAUCAUUUCCGGCCGCACCUGGAUACGGUAGCAAGCGCGACUCUUUUAAGCUCCCGCCAUCGUCUUCCUCCAAAGACCAACUCGGCACCCUUGUGGAGGAAGAAGAGGAAGACGAAGAAGAGCAGUGCGCGCUCCCGCAUUCGCCACCGCCCACGCCUGUCACGCCCACUGUGCCUGCGCCUUCGCGUCCGCGCCCGGCCACGCUGGCUCUUCGUCCGCUCUCGCUUACGCCAGAGACGAUCGGCGCUUCGCCGCUGCCGACGCCCCCCAGCGCUUCCCCGUCCCCAAACGCGGGUCUUCGUCAACUGUCGCUCAUGUCCGAACGCCAGGCAACCCCACACAAGAAGCACCCUACUCUCCACCUCGACCUGUCAGACAGCCCCUCACCGUCAGUGAACCGUCGCAGCAGCAUCUCAUACAAGAAGUCGUCGUCCAGCGGUCUGCCUACGCCGGACAUGACCCCCACGUUCUCCGACCGCCGGUUCUCGCUCACGAGCCGGAGCAGCAUGGACAGCAGCAGUACGGGCGGCAGCGAUUACUCGCCCCGCUGGAGUCACUGCACGGCGCCGUCCAAUUCAUCGUCCGUGUCCAGCUCUUCCAACCCGUUCAACCGCCCGCUCAGCGCCUCGGAGCAGCACUUUCUGUUCAAGUCCCACAAUGCCCUACUCGCCCGUAUCACCGACCUCGAACGAGCUCUGAGCGGGCGCAGUCGAGACAGCUUCGCGGGGCGACCAGAGUCCAUGUCGUCCUCUACGUCGUCGGACGCCCGCCACAUGUCCAUCACCUCAGACGCGUCGGAGCCCAACGACGAGAUGCUCCGGCUUAUCGCCGAUCUCAAGGCCGAGCGCGACGAGCUCAAACGUGAUGUUGAUGGCUGGCGCGUGCGCGUUGGCGACCUCGACAAGCAGAUGGGCGUCCUCGCGAAGCGCGUUGAGACCGAGCGCCGUGAGGCCUGGGUCGCACGUAGCCGCGUUGCCAUCGUCGAGGCCGAGAAGGCUGCCGCCGAGUCUGACAAGGAGACUCUGGCGCGCGAGCUCGACGACUGCAAGUCCACGCUCGCCAGUGUCGUUGGGGAAAAGGAGAGCUUUGAGAAGGAGGUUGAGGCCUUGAGGGAGGCCAACCGCGCCUUGCAACAGCAGGUCGAGGAGCUCCAGGAGGAGAUGCAGACCAUCGAACACGUCCGGGACGAGCAGCUCAUGAACACUCCCAAGCCGACGUCCUUCCAAGCGCCGCCUGCCCGCCCUCGCGGUAUGACCAUUGAGUCGCUCGAUUCGGAGAGCUCGAUGACCGAUGUCGAGGCCGACAACUCCAUGGACACCUUCAAGUUCGGCUUGAAGUCGGUUGUGGAGACGCAUGAGGUCGACUUCGAAGAGGAGGACCCUGAGUUCUACGAGGAGGACAACGGCCUUGCCGGCUACGAGGAUGAGGACGAGCUCCAGAGCCCCGUCCUCGGCUCGUCUUCGUCGUUCUCUGACGACGAGGAUGACGUGCCCCGGUCUACCCAGCACCUGCUGACCGAGGCGACGCCGGUGCCCGACCCGCAAGCCACGCCCACUCUCAACACCUCCUUCAGCAUGUCGGAGCGCCCGACGCACCGUCCGUCGUUCUCGCGGUGGACGUUCCCCCGUGGCGCUGCCCUCGAUACCACGAAGGAGGAGAAUGACAAGUUCUUCGGCUGCCUCGACAGUGACAGCGAGGUCGACCCGCUCAGCCCGCGGAGCCCGACGUUUUCCUUCGAGCGCAGCAAGGAGCUCUUCAUGGCCGGCCUGCGCAAUGCCACGUCUGACCAGGUGCCGUUCAUGCUGCGCACCAACCUCGGCAUCGCGGACGAGGACUCGAUCGCGCCGCGCAGCCCCGUCCUGGAUGUUGUAAUGGAGGAGGAUGAGGAGCAGGAGGAAGAAGAGGAGGAAGAGGUGCAGUCGGAGGAUGAUGAAGAGACGUCGGAAGAGGAGAGUGAGGAGGAGGAGGAGGAAGAGGUGGAGGAGACCUUCAAGUUCGGCGACGUGGCAGGCAUCACUAUCACCUUGACGCCGGCGGACUCGGACGAAGUGCAGGAGCUUAGCACGCCUGAGCCCUCGCACGAGUUUGAGGACGACCUACCGACGCCCAAGACGGAGCAGCCUAACCCGAUGAUCUCCAUCGUGGUGACCGAGCCGGAGGAGUCAACGGAGCGUCCGCAGGAGCCUGUCAUCGAGGCCGUACCGGAGCCCGUCGUCAAGGCACCUACGCCCGUCAAGCCCGUCCCAUUGAUGGAGCCGUCUGAUGAUGAGGAUGAGGAGGUGGGGACGACGUUCAAUUUCGGCCGUCCUCCGGUACGUCAAGCGUCGCCGUCGAGUAUUCCGCGUGUCAGCGCCAAGUCGCUCGCGGACUCGCCGCGUUUCUCAACGCCCAGCCCGGACAACUCAAGCGUCACUCCACCGCCGAAGCGCGCAGGCCCAACUGCGUCGUUCAUCCCGCAACCGUCGAAGUCGACGCCAACGUUCAUGCGCCAACCCGCACGGAAGCCGCUCGCACCCAGCAACAAGGUCGCUGGCACUAACGGUUCGCGCAAGCUGCCUGCUUCACACGAGCGCAGCGCGUGCGACGUCGAAGCCAACGCGGUUUUCAGAUCCUCUUCCUCGCGGACGCGGUACCCCAACGCGGCUGCCCCGGCUGCGUCAGUACUAAUGCAGAGCGUCGACCUCACGGGCGAGGCGCUCUUCGAUGGCACUCCGCGCAUGCCCAGCACGCCGCCGACGCGGUCGAUUCUGCCCGCGCAGAUCACGUCGCCGCCGCGCAUCUCCUUCCAAACCCUCACGAACCUCAUGUCCUGGACGUCCUCUCCGCGGCAGUCUCCCAAGGCUGCGCCCUCGACGAAUUCUUCUCCGAAGAUAGAUGUGGAUGUUCCCGUGCCCCCGCCUGUUGCGCAGCGCGGCUUUGUGUCGCGCGAGCGGCAACUGGCCCAGCUGCGCCUUCGCUUCGCGCAGGAGGGCAGGAUGGGUAUUGUUGAGGUCUCGGGUCCUGGAGCUGUUCACUUGUAA